AUGAGUUCUCAACAGGAUCCGACCAAAAUUGUAUUACCGCCAGCAAUUCGUGUAUCACCGCUUUUGCGGUUUAUGCGUUAUUCCUUUCUUGGUAACUUCAUUGAUUCACGAAAAUCAAUAGUUUCGAGUACAUGUAGUGUAUAUGCUUUUGCAGUUGCAAAUCUGGAGAUUAGUUUUGUGGACAUUGAUUUAGACCUUUUGUUUCACAGCACGGCUAACAAAUUGAAAUCAGAUGUGAAUUUGAAAAUAAUUCAAGGAUUGGGUGUUAUUUGGGGAUUUUUCCGUUAUCGAAUGAUUUGCGAGAAGCAUGCAGUUGUGCGGCAAAAAGAACAUGAAAAGAAACUUGCAGAAGCAGAGAAAGAGCGCACACUGCGCAAACAGAAGGGAGAUAAAAGCUUGUACGACAUUUAUUUGAACAUCCUGGAAACCGAUCUCGAUGAAGGUGGUUCACUGUUUGGUAGUGUUCGGGAAUAA